GUUUCGAGUUUGUAAUACAUAAACGCAUGCCAGAUAGAUUUCGUUGUUGAAGACAGUAGCUUAAAUAAGGUGGAUCAAUCAUAUGAUCAUACACUAAGUAUAUUUUACAUUUCUCAUCCCGCCCGUUCUCUUCUCCUUUUCCUCUCCUCUGAGUAACAACCACAAUCCACUACUCUGCAGAGUUUCUCAUACGAAGAAUCUUUGAUUGCUAAAAUCAAACGGCAUACAUCUGCAAUUGACCUGAGUUAACAGUUUUGAGAAACGGUGCAGCUACGACAAACUUUCGCAGAUUCUUAUCGACUAGCAUCUUUGCUAUUUUGUACCGCCCACUCGUCGACGUCGACUUAUAUACGCAGCUCAUCGAGCAUAGCCAAACACACCCACCAGUCUCCAAACAUACGCAGAUGUUGAAUCAAUAUGUCAACCUUAUCCAUAUCUCCUCUUGGCGCUCUAAAUCCAAACGAAAUAAACCGGUCAUAUCAAGUAAUUACCGCGCCAUUGCCAAUCCAGAACUCAAAACCUUUGAUCUGGUCCACAGGACUUGAGAGUCCCGACAAUUAUGGCAAUGGCGUGAAGAAAGCCCACGUAAUUAUCGUGGGUGCCGGUAUUUCCGGUUUACGUGCAGCAUCAGUCCUACAACGACAUGGAGUUGGUGUAACAAUCUUGGAAGGACGGCCAGAUCGCAUCGGUGGUCGAAUCCACACCAGUCGCAAAUCUCCAAACGGGAAAGCUCGAGACAUUGGUGCUGCAUGGAUGCAUGAAACUUCGCAGAAUAAAUUGGUUCAGUUGAUCAAGAAGCUCGAUAUCGAGUACUAUUAUGAUGACGGUACACCUCUGUACUUUACCAAAGAGGGAAGAGCAGGAUCUCAAUUCAAGGCGAAGAAAGUCGCUGAUGAAUUUGCUGACUACUGUGAGCACUACUUUGAAACUCAUCCUCAUGCUUCUGAUCGCUCUGUGAAAGAGUUCAUUCAUGAAUUCGUAGAGAAUCAUCCUUUGAUCACUAACAGUGAACGCAAAUGGGCUCCCCAAGCCAUUCGUGAGGUAGAGCUUUGGAUCGGUACAUCCAUCGAAGAAGCUUCUUCUAAAUACUUGAGCUACUUCGUAACCGAGAGAAAUUUAUACAUGAAGGGUGGAUAUGAUAAGAUAGUUAAUUGGGCUGCCAAACCUCUUCAGAAGGAUCCCGAGACAAUUAGAUUGGGCGAAAUCGUCAAGAACAUCCAAUGGGGCGAGAGUGAUAACUCCAUAGUGGUUGAAACAUUGAAUGGUGACAAAAAGUCCACUUUCAAAGCUGAUGCUGUUGUUGUCACCGCACCUCUUGGUUGUUUGAGAAAGAAGAUGAUCAACUUUGAGCCAUCCCUUCCUGAAGAUAUUCAGGAGGGUAUUGACAGCUUUUCCUAUGGAGCCCUUGGAAAAGUUUUCGUCGAAUUCGAAGAAGUGUUCUGGCCAAAGGACAAUGAUCAAUUUAUCUACUACCCGUCCCCUCUUCCAGAGGGUACUCCAAUUGAUGAAUCUUCGAUUUUGUCAUAUGCCACUGUGACUUCCAAUUGUUGGAUCAUGUCCGGCACUAAGGAGCUCUGCAUCCAAAUCGCCGAACCUCUUACCCAGCGUGUCGAAGCCAUGACCUCAACUAAGGACAUAUAUGCCUUUUUUGAGCCACUGUUCAAACUCAUGCGUACAGAGCCCUACAAGGAUCUUCCCGACCUCCUCAACCUCGAGACCACCCAUUGGACCCAAGACCCUCUCGCGGGAUUUGGAUCCUAUUCCGUCGAGAAAACCGGUGACGAAUCCGAGAUCUUAAUCGAAGCCCUCGAAAAUCACAAUCGUAGCCGUCUUCAAUUCGCCGGUGAACAUUGCACCAUCGUCGGAAACGGUUGCGUUCACGGAGCAUUCGAGACGGGAGAGGUUGCGGCUAGGAACCUCUUGGAAACACUCGGAGUGGCAUAUGAUGGGAAUGAUACUACGGCCCGCAGUGUCUCCCCUUGAGUGUAAGCGUUUCUCGUGUCUAAGAGGUGAGAUGAGAUGAGAGUGAUGACUUGAACUUGCUACGUAUUCCUUAAAUGGCUUUCGUGAGACUCGUUAGUUUUUUGACUUUGUGCGUUUUUGAUUUAUUUGAUCUUUGGUUCUUGCUCUUUUUCAUAGUUAUAUCAUUGUUGCUACAGUCAUUACCGUUAUCAUAGCUAUGGCUAUCAUAUUUGCUAUUACCUACACAAAUCAACAUAUACAUCGCGAUAUCA